AUGGCGAUCGUUACAAUCAGCCCAGAUGUGCAUCAUGUCAGUAUGGAGGGCAGCACCGGAGAUAUUCUUACAGAGUACAAGGACUUAUUUACUGACCAGCUCGGAGAACUUCCAAUUACGUAUUCUAUGACAGUAGACCCCAGCGUGCAGCCAGUAGUUCGCCCUGCUCAUCGCAUUCCUCUGGCAAUGCAAAGCCGUGUCAAAGCAGAACUGGACCGCAUGCAGAGCCUUGGCGUCAUAACGGCAGUCUCAGAGCCGACGGAUUGGCUUUCGUCCAUGGUGGUUACACACAAAAAGGACAGGCAAGAAAUCAGGUUUUGUAUUAACCCCAAAGAUCUUAACAUGGCUUUAAAAAGACCCCAUCACCCCAUGCGCAGCGCAGAGGAAGUAGCAUCUCGGAUGUCGGGAGCAACCGUAUUUUCCGUGCUAGACGCAAAGAGCUCUUUCUGGCAGGUACGCCUCCACCACAAGUCCUCCAUGAUGACAACAUUUAGCACUCCAUUUGGGUGCUAUAGAUUUCUCCGUAUGCCCUUUGGCAUUAACUCCGCAAGCGAGGUGUUCCAGCGCUCAAUUGAGCAGCUCUUUUCAGGGUACCCCUGUGCGAUUAUUGUUGAUGACAUCAUCAUCGGAGGUCGCAACCCUGCUGAACAUGACAUCAACCUGAAAAGGGUUUUGAACAGAGCACGUGAGUUCAAACUCAAGCUAAACCCUGUCAAAUGCAAAUUUCGGCUGGACCAAGUCAGCUAUGUGGGCCAUAUCUUUACAAGAGAAGGCCUAAAAGCAGAUCCUUCCAAAACAAAAGCAAUUCCUGAGAUGCCAGCCCCGAAGGAUGUCCUUGCAUUACAGCGCUUCCUCGGAAUAGUAAAUUAUCUGGGGAAAUUUAUCCCAAACUUCAGCGACAUUGCUGCGCCCCUCAGAAAGCUGACACACAAAGAGACAGUAUGGUGCUGGUACCAGCAACACCAACAAGCAUUUGACACCCUCAAGUCAUGUUUGUCCACUCCACCCGUGUUAUCAUAUAACGACGUGAAGAAGCCAGUUACGUUAACCUGUGAUGCUUCCAGCUUCGGGCUGGGUGCUGCAUGCAUGCAGGAGGGAAAACCAGUUGCGUAUGCGUCUCGCACACUCACAGACACAGAGACACGGUAUGCGCAGAUAGAGAAGGAGCUGCUAGCCGUCGUAUUUGCCUGUACAAAGUUCAGGGACUAUGUAUAUGGGAAACCUACACUCGUUGAGACGGACCACCAGCCCCUGGUAACUAUUCUGAAAAAACCAAUCCACACAGCUCCUGCACGAUUACAGAGGAUGAUGCUCAGGUUACAGUGCUAUGACAUCACCCUGGUGUACAAGAAGAGUAAGCUCAUGUACCUUGCAGACACCCUAUCUAGAGCUCCAGACACUCAAGUCCAACCAGACAGUGAAAAUGACACAUUCGGGGUCAUGUCUAUCAACUACAUUUCCACUGCUAGACUGGUGGAACUCAGAAAGCAUACAGCGGAGGAUGAUGUGUUACAGGAUCUAAGCACUGUGAUUCAACAAGGUUGGCCAAUUAAAGAACAUGGCGUGUGGCCCACUGUGCGUCCGUACUUUCCCUACAGAGAUGAGCUAGCUGUGGAAAACGGAAUAGUGAUGAAAGGCCACAAAACAGUCAUUCCUCGCUCAUUGCAGAGAGAAUAUAUCGAAAUAGUCCACAGAGGCCACCCAGGGCUGGACGCUACCAAACACAGAGCAAGAGGUAUUAUUUUCUGGCCAACGAUGACGGCUGACAUCACGGCAGAACUCCUCUCAUGCUCAGUCUGCAACAGCACAAAGCCGCACCAACAAAAAGAACCAUUAAGACCAUACCCAGUUCCAGACCUGCCUUGGUCCACGGUGGCAACAGAUAUGUUCGAGUGGCAUGGACAAAAUUAUCUGGUGCUUGUGGACUCAUACUUGGGUUGGUAUGAGAUUGACUUUCUCCGCAACAUAACGUCAUCAGCUGUAAUCAUGAAACUAAAGAGGCAUUUCUCAGUGCACGGCACACCUCAUACACUCAUUUCUGAUAAUGCUAGUCAGUACACGUGUCAGCAAUUCAGAGACUUUGCCAAACAGUGGGACUUCAUUCAUGUCACCAGUAGUCCAGAGUACCCACAGUCGAAUGGUCUGGCAGAAAGAGCUGAUGAAGAAAUCCCACAGAGAUGGCACGGACGUGUUUCUUAA